AUGACAGUUUACAAAUAUCAUGGCAAUAUCCAGACGUUACCCUAUGUGGAUGAAGGAGCAGGGACAGCCCACGGAGUGAGGAAGACAAAAGUGCCCCUUCUAGCAGUUCGGAGCAAGUUUGGCCGAAGGGAAGGGGAGGUUACAUUCCCGCUCUCUUCACUCCUAGGGCUGCUCGUGCUAGUUAAGUUCUGGGUCUUUCCUGCUCCGAGAGGGACCAGUUACUUCCGCCGUAGCUGCUGUUGCUCUGUCGACUGCACUGUGACCUGCACUGUUCGCGGGACCUUUAGAGAGGACGCCGGAAUACCUGGAAGCCAGGAAAUGGAUUCAGUGGCCUUUGAGGAUGUGGCUGUGAACUUCACCCAGGAGGAGUGGGCUUUGCUGGAUCCUUCCCAGAAAAAUCUCUACAGGGAAGUGAUGCAGGAAACCGUGAGGAACCUGGCCUCCGUAGGAAAAAAAUGGAACAACCAGUACAUUGAAGAUGAGCACCAAAAUCCUAGGAAAAACCUAAGAAGACUUAUAGGAGAGAGACUCUCUGAAAGUAAAGAAAGUUAUCAGCAUGGAGAAGUUUUGACGCAGGUUCCAGAUGACACACUGAAGAAGAAAACUCCUGGAGUAAAAUCAUAUGAAAGCAGUGUGUGUGGAGACAUCGGCAUGGGUCUUUCAUCCCUUAAUAGGCACCUCAGAGCCUUUAGUUAUUCCAGUAGGCUUGCAAUACAUGGAAGAACUCACACUGGGGAAAAGCCUUAUGAAUGUAAGGAAUGUGGGAAAGCAUUCAGGUUUCCCAGUUCUGUUCGUAGACAUGAAAGAAUCCACUCUGCAAAAAAACCCUAUGAAUGUAAGCAGUGUGGGAAAGCAUUAUCUUAUCUUGUAAGCUUUCAAACACACAUGAGAAUGCACACUGGAGAGAGACCUCAUAAAUGUAACGUAUGUGGGAAAGCCUUUUUUUCUCCCAGUUCGUUAAAAAGACAUGAGAAAAGUCACACUGGAGAGAAACGCUAUAAAUGCAAGCAAUGUGGUAAAGCCUUCAAUUGUCCCAGUUCCUUCCAAUAUCAUGAAAGGACUCACAGUGGAGAGAAACCCUAUGAGUGUACACAAUGUAGGAAAGCCUUCAGAUCUGUCAAGUACCUGCGAGUACAUGAAAGAAAACACACUGGAGAGAAACCCUAUGAGUGUAAGCUUUGUGGUAAGGGCUUUAUUUCUUCCACUUCCUUUCGCUAUCAUGAAAAGACUCACACUGGAGAGAAACCUUAUGAAUGUAAGAAAUGUGAGAAAGCCUUCAGUUUUGUCAAGGAUCUUCGAAUACAUGAAAGGACACACACUGGAGAGAAACCCUUUGAAUGUAAACAAUGUGGGAAAACCUUCACUUCUUCCAAUUCCUUUCACUAUCAUGAAAGGACUCACACUGGAGAGAAACCCUAUGAGUGUAAGCACUGUGGGAAAGCCUUCAGAUCUGUCUCAAUCCUUCAAAAGCACGUACGAACUCACACAGGAGAGAAACCCUAUGGAUGUAAGCGAUGUGGUAAAGUCUUUAGAGUUGCCUCACAACUUAAAAUGCAUGAAAGGACUCACACAGGAGAGAAACCCUAUGAGUGUAAGCAAUGUGGAAAAGCCUUUAUUUCUUCUAAUUCCAUUCGCUAUCAUAAAAGGACUCACACUGGAGAGAAACCUUAUAAAUGUAAACAAUGUGGAAAAGCUUUCAUUUCUUCCAACUCUUUUCUCUAUCAUGAAAGGAUUCACACUGGAGAGAAACCCUAUGAGUGUAAGCAAUGUGGUAAAGCCUUUAGAUCUGCCUCAAUCCUUCAAAAGCAUGUAAGGACUCAUACUGGCUAGAAACUCUGGAUGUAAGCAAUAUGGUAAGGUCCUUAGAUGGGACUCAGAACUUCAAAUGCAUGGAAGGACUCACUGCAGAGACACCUGUAAUCUCAGCAUUUUGGGAAGCCAAGGCAGGAGGAUUGCCUAAGCUGAAGAGGUCGAGACCAGCUUGGGCAACAUGGUGAGACGUUAUCUCUAUUACAUAAUAAAAUAAAAUAGGCCAGGCACAGUGGCUCAUGCCUGUAAUCCCAGCACUUUGGGAGGUGGAGGCGGGCAGAUCACUUGAGGUCAGGAGUUCAAGACCAGCCUGACCAACAUGGAGAAACCCCAUCUCUACUAAAAAUACAAAAUUAGCCAGGUGUGGUGGCAGAUGCCUGUAAUCCCAGCGGCUUGGGAGGCUGAGGCAGGAGAAUCGCUUGAACCCGGGAGGCAGAGGUUGCAGUGAGCCGAGAUUGUGCCAUUGCACUCCAGCUUGGGCAACAACAGUGAAACUCCGUCUCAAAAAAUAAAUAAAUAAAUAAAUAAA